UGGAUAAGUGACUUGAAAACGAAAGUACAUAUUCGCAGUAAGUUCUCUGACUUCUUCAAGCCCAUCAUAUUGUCACAUUUUGGCAAAAAAUGUUUGGACUCAAUAGUAUCUAAUAUCCGGUACGGUGACAGACCAUCAACAGACAGAGAAAAGAUAGAUAGAUAGAUGUUUAACAUUUUGGUAGGACAUAUUACCCUACAGAACACAAUUAAUAAGUGUCCUGAUAUUUUGUAGUCUGCUGAACAUCCCUGUUCAAAUAAAGUAUUUUGAUUUGUCUAUGGCAGACAUUCUGAUACCAUUUGUCAGUGUCGUAACAGAGGAAUGUCUGGUCAAGGAAAUCAAAGAAAUCAGACUAAUUCUGUAAGGGGAUCUGGUAGUGAUCAAAAGGGUAGCAGAAGUACUAGUCAGCCUGAUCAACAGAAUAAUAAACAUCAAAAUGAUCAUGAGGGUAAACAAUCAGUAAAAAAUGACAGUGAGAAACAAAACUCAUUUUAUCAAAACAGUGACAAUUUAAAUGGUUUAGUGGACGUGGAAACUGUAAAAAGAAUAGUUAAAGAAGAAUUAAGUAAAGAUAAAAGAUCAUUUACAAAAAUGCAGACUGGAUUAAUAUCAUUCGCCUUCUUUCUAGGAGGAGGAUUGAUGUCAUAUUGGUGGACUCCACACUAUACAAAUACAACUUAUGUACUAAGUGAUAAUACUACUCAUACAAGUAUAGUCAUGGAAGACGUGACACAGAAACUUUCACAAUGUCAAGCCAACUUGACACGGAUAAAGCAAGAUUUCAGUCAUGUACAAGAUAAUUUUAUUCAUUUGAAAAAUGAUGUCACAGAGGUAUCUAAUGGUAUAACUGGUACCAUUGAAGAUGUGAAAGAAGAACUCAAAGACGAUUACCUUCUGUUGAAAAGGGACAUGAAUAUCUUGACUGGAACACAGCAAAUCCAUGACAAUAGAUACAUAACAUAUUCUGAAACAAUCUUUUUUCUAGUAGCUGGUUUAAUCCUAGAGCCAUUGAUAAUUUUUCUGUUGUAUAAAUAUUUUCAAUGGAGAAAUGGUAGUCAUCAUGGUCCAGAUGCAUAUGUCCAUGAUUGUCCAAAUGCACUGCCACAGUUCAAUGAUGUACAACAUCAGAACAGGCAGAAUCAGCCAAGAAGAAUGAAUACUAUACUGGAUCAGAUCUACAGUGGGAACUUGGAGGAAUCUAUUUGUAUCCUUAGUUUCUAUGGAGAAACACAGGAUUUACAUUACAGAAUAUUAACAUCAGCAUUGCAACAGAAAGAAAUUCCAAUGAAGCCAUUCUUAUUAAAGGUCACUGAUCCAGAUGCAAAGUCUAUACCAAGAUGUCACUUUGUUUUUGUAUUUGUUGAUUUUAAUGAAAGGAAUGUUAUUCUAGAGAAUCCUGACCAAGAACUUGGUGAUAAGAAAGUAGUAACUGUCAAGGCUUGUCAGAAAAUGGGAGCUGAUGUGUUUGUUAUAUACACAAGAGACAGAGAUUCUGGUAAUUUAGGUGACGGCAAGCUGUACAACAAGGAGUUGUCAGCCUUUACAAAGCAUUUUCUAUUGAAAGAACUAACAGCUAAAAACAGAGGACUAAGUGUAAAUGAUACAUUUACCCCAUACCAGAAACGUCACAUCAAGAGAAUUGUACUGAAAAAAUGACAAAGUACUGUUUUAUUUAUCAGUGUUUUUUUAAUGAUUUAAACAUUCACAACUCAUAUAAUGACCACUUACAGUAUUGUUAUAACUUAGAGGCUAUUGCAGAAAUGACAAAAUGAGGGGAUCCAGAGGCAUUUUACUAGAAUAUAUGGUUGUUGGAGCAUAUUUGGCUUGAGGCAUUAGAAAAUGAUAUAGGUCUGCAAAAUGUGCCCCUUACACCCCUAAUGUAAUUAUUUCUGGAUAAGCCAAUUAAUAUACUGAUACACCAAUAAGCUUUCAUUGUUGUCUUAACAAUACAUAAAAAAUACUUACUCAAACUUACUUUAGAGUACUAUAGUUAUAACUUAAGUAAAGUGAUUUUAGGAAUUAAAGACACCUCUAAUUUAUUACUAGUUUAUGAAAACUUUGGGCCUGCUGUUAAGUCUGUUUACAAAGUUCUUCAAUUUUUAGAAAGCUAAUAGCUUGCGACAAACUUGCGGCAAACAUUUACAUUUGUUUGCCGAAAGGUUGCUGCUAGCGGCUAACACUGGUGAACAACUUUCAGGUCUUCUGGCAAACUGAAAAGAUUGCCUCAAGUUUGCUGCUACCUUACCGCACUUUUCAUGUACAAUUUCAUAGUUUUUUAUGGUACAUAUGUACCAGCAAAAACGUAUUUAUAGUAAAAUACUAGUUAUAAUAUUAUAAAACAUUAAAAAUAGAAAAUUGCAACUAAGCCAGGACUAAACAAACUGUGAAAUUUGGAUGCUUGGACAACUGAUAGAUUUUAGUAUGCUGAUAAAUUCACAUUGAACGAAUAAAUUGCCAGAAUACAUGAACGAAUAAAUUGCCAGAAUACAUAGUAGAUAAAACUAAGCCAUAAUAAGUUUAACCUUUCCAGAAAGGUAUGGAGUGCUUUGCAGUACAUGUAUCAUAAAAUUUUCGUCAGCUUUUGUUUUUGAGUUUUGUGAUUUCAUGGUUAUUAUGUAAUGACAGAUGAUAUGAUAUUAACAUUAUACAUAUAUAAGAUGUAUAGAAAUUAACGUGUAGUGCAGAUCAUGCAAAGGGGAUGCUAAGUAAUAAAUGUAUAUAUCUUAUAUCUAUAUAUUCAUCAAUCAGGUUUAGAAUACCAAUACUGAUAUUUUAUUGCUCGUCCCCUUCCAGAUGUGUUCCCAAUUUUAUUACAAAAUUACUCAUUCAUGCAAACAGAAUUUAGCCACACCAUUAAGUAGCCUAUCAGAACUAACUGUUGUUAAGUGACAGUUUCAGGAUGGCGUGUACUAGAAUAUUAACUGAAACUAAUAGCCUCGCACUGUGAUGAGAAGCAAAAGCUACAAAUCAAAUGACAAAAUGCAAAUUGAAAUUUUAACUUCUCCUAACUUGUAAAGAACAGAUUUGUCAUGAAAGAUUCUUAAUGGAAGAUUCUUGUACAAUACAUCAGUUUAGAUGAAUAUAUUAGUUGUUAAUAUAAUAAUCUAUUUAUAUCAAUAAUUUUAAAACUCUGUAAAUAGUUAUCAAAGGUACCAGGCUUAUAAUUUGAUAAGCCAGACGCUUGUUUCGUCUACAUAAGACUUAUCAGUGAGGCUCAGAUCAAAAUAGUUAGAAAGCCAAACAAGUACAAAGUUGAAGAGCAUUGAGGACCCAAAAUUCCAAAAAGUUGUGCCAAAUACGCCUAAGGUAAUCUAUGCCUGGGAUAAGAACAUUCUUAGUAUUUCAAAUAAUUCCAACUUGUGUAAAUGUGGGUAACUAUGUAGAUGCAGGAAUUUGCUUUUCUAUGAAUUUUUUUCUCUGUUUUUCUGUCUAGACCAUUUUCUUUGUGUGUAAUUGCUUUAAACCUUGAUAGACUAUUGAUUAUCAUGAUAUAAACCAUUUCAGAAUUAUUGCUCUUUAAAGUUCAGUUGCAAAUUUUCAUGAUUACUGUUUUAAUAAUACAUAUGAACUUGCAAUACCCUAUCAAUAAAUAAUUCACAUCAUUGAAAACAUUUUUUUUUUCACCUACUAAAAAUUAUAGCUCCAUAUCAGACCAUCCUAUUCAUUGAAUAUUCAAUAUUUUGAUGUAAAUUUUUAUUAUUGUUUAUUAAUUUUUUUUUAAUGUUUAACCCAUAUUUGUUAACAUGCUGAAAAUUGGAAAAACAAACAUACAGAUGGAAACUCCAGUACAUGAAAAGGUGGAUUGAAAAAUAGCAAAAGAGGUGUGUUAUUUUUCAAUAGAUUUUUGGCCAUUUAAGGCAAAGCAUCUGUAAUUUGGAGGUAUUUUUUUUUUUAUUGAAUUUUGUAUGCAUUCAGAACUUGUUGAACUGUUUUGAAUAUCUAAAAACAUGAUAUAUAUAUUUGUACUUUUAGAGAUACAAUCAAUUAUAAAUUUGAAAAAUAGGUCUAAAAUGUAUAUAGUGUAUUUUAAUAAGGAGACAUAUACAUUGUAUAUGCAUUAUUUUCAUUUCUGAUUAUUAUUUUUCAUAAAUCAACAAAUAAAAUACUUAGUAUAUGAUUUCAGCUUGAUUAACCAUAUUCUGCUUUCAGUUUGAUUGUGUGUAAUUUUUUUACGUGCUGAGUAAAGGGGUGUUUUGUUAUCAAUAUUACAAAUUUAAAAAUAAAGUUUAUUUCAUUUCA